UUCUGAAAUUGGCACAGAAGUCAUGGGAUUUCGGAUGGGAAUAUUUCAUCUCGGAUGAGGCGAUUGAAUCGGGCAGAAGUGUAAUGAAGUCCCUACCUCUCCGUAGAAGCUGUGGCGGAAGCACUGCUCAAAAAUCCUUUUCUUUCAAACCGGUCGGGGGCGUAUUCCAGAGUUUUGAUCCAGAAGAUGGAAACAUUGAUGCCUCAACUACUGGGUAGGCUACUUUCUCCGUUAUAUUCCGCUAAUAUAAUUACGCAUUACUACUAGGGCCUUUUUCACGCUUUCAGCGCUUCUCGCUGAAUUGACGUCGAACACCACAUAUACUCAAGCCGCAACUCAAGCGCUUCAGUUUCUCACGACUCUCACGUCUUUUCUCUCCGGCUCAGAUGGUGUUCAACAAGAGAUACCUAUCGAUGCCUUGGAGGAUAACACAAUGGAGACAAGUCUCUGUUACAACUCCACCCGUAAGCCUCGGUUGGCAUGGUAUCCAACCACGGGGGAUAUCAUCGAGGGAUUAGCUAUUCUUACAUCCGUCACCAACAAUGCGUCAACCCGAGGCCAGCUUCAGGACGUGAUUAAAUCUACAGUUUCGUUCUGGCAACACCAGAAUCAACGGCUAGGCGGUGUUCUCGAUUUAGGCCCGGACUACGUGUGGGGGUACCCGACCGGCGAUCCAUUCCUAGUGCGCGGACUUUCGACUGCGCAUAGGAGGAAUCUCACCACCGAAAUAAGAGACGAAGUAAAAAGCUUUAUCGAUAUUCAGUAUAACGCCCUACUCAAUAACGCCACAAUUCCGGGGACUGACGUCUACGGAGGCUCAUGGAUCGGUCCACCACAACGAAAUAUCAUCCCGGUCAACCAAACUUACGCUGCUAUGGUGCUUGUCCAGGCGAUCAAUCCUGACCCCUCCCCUACUACUACUACUACUACCACAUCAAGCUCAAGCUCCACUCCAUCUACAAAAACUGGCGCAAUAAUAGGGGGUAUUGUCGGAGGAGUAGCUUUCAUCGCCAUCCUUACGGGCCUCGUUCUUCUUCUCCUUUGUAGAAGGAAGCGAAACCGCCAAGGUUCAUCAAUUCUGGCGGCUUCCUCCCCAUCUAAUCCUCCAUCGACGUCUACGGUCUCUCCGUUCGUCCUACAAUGGGAUAUGGAUGUUUCAUCGAAACGCGACAAGUCCUGUAUAGUAUCUCGUGCAGAUACUCAGCCGGCUGCGAAUGAGCCUGAGGCUCAGGCUGCGACCACUUGGAGAGAGUACACAAAUGUCCAGCCUGAAGUAGCAGCUCUCGGAGAAGCUGGUGGUGACGGCGAAGGUGAAGGUGACGACGACCUCCAUGUCCGAUUUCAAACGAUGUCAACAGCUCAUAUGGUUAGGAUUCUGAACACCCGUUUUGAGAGUGAGGCACCCCCUGCCUAUCCUCAAAGUCAACUUGGUAGCAGUGAACCAGGUGUUCCGUGGGACGACCUCCAGAAUCCGGGCUAACCGUAGCUCA